GCUAAGAAUUAAGAAGAAAAGAAUGGAGAAGAUGAGAUGCUGUAGCAAUGUCCUUGAGAGCUCCAAACCUUAUGUUGCAAUGAUUUCACUGCAAUUCGGGUACGCUGGCAUGAAUAUCAUCACCAAAGUUUCACUUAACCGAGGCAUGAACCACUUCGUCCUCGUCGUCUACCGUCACGCUUUCGCAACUGCUGCCAUAGCUCCCUUCGCUUUCAUUUUCGAAAGGAGAGGGCAGCCAAAGAUAACAGUCCCACUCUUUAUGCAAAUAUUUAUCCUGGCUCUUCUGGGGCCUGUGAUUGACCAGAACUUCUACUAUGCUGGGCUGAAAUAUACAUCUGCAACUUUCUCCUGUGCUAAGAGCAAUGUGCUUCCUGCAAUGACGUUUAUCAUGGCUGUCAUCUGCCGGAUGGAGAAGAUUGAUGUAAAGAAAGUGAGAUGUCAAGCAAAGAUGUUGGGGACAACGGUGACAGUGGUCGGAGCAAUGCUUAUGACGUUGUACAAAGGACCCAUUGUUGAUCUGUUCUGGAGCAAGAAUUAUGUUCAUACUAGCCAAAAUCAAUCUUAUGUUACUCAUACUACUGACAGAGAUUGGGUCAAAGGCUCCAUUCUCCUUCUCAUUGCCACCUUUGCUUGGGCUUCCCUAUUCGUUUUGCAGGCAAAAGCAUUGAAGACAUACAAGGAUCAUCAGCUUUCUCUAACAUCACUGGUGUGCUUUGUGGGAACUGUACAAGCAACUGCAGUGACAUUUGUGAUGGAACACAAGGCCUCUGUUUGGCAAAUCGGUUGGGACAUGAACCUCCUUGCUGCUGCCUAUGCUGGGAUUGUGACAUCAAGCAUAUCAUACUAUGUUCAAGGGAUGGUAAUAAAGAAAAGGGGCCCAGUGUUUGCCACUGCUUUCAGCCCUCUGAUGAUGAUCAUAGUUGCAAUCAUGGGGUCGUUCAUCCUGGCUGAGAAGAUUUUCCUUGGAGGUGUGAUGGGUUCCAUAUUGAUAGUAAUAGGGCUGUACUCAGUGUUAUGGGGAAAGCACAAGGAAGAAGAUGAGAGGGCAGAAGCAAUUGAAGCUAAUAAAAUUGUUUCUGUAGUGGCAAUCACUAUGCCAAAGCAAAUGCCAGAUCCCCUUAAAAUAUAAUUCAAGUUUAAUUCAUAAUUCAGUUUAUCAUCUUCACUUGCAUGUUGUAGGUGGAAAACAAGAUGAAAUGAUCACCUGGUUAAUGAGUUGAAUCACUAGUUCGAGAACCUUUUCUGCC